CCUCUAUUCAUCAUGCGAGAUUCAGCUUGCUUAAAUAAUAUAAAGUGAUUUCGACUUAAAUUUAAAAAAAAAUGUUUAAAGUAAAUAGAUCGGUGUUUGCGUUGUUACCAAAUGUGUGCGCGCAUAAGUUGCAAUUGCGAUUGGCAUCAAACGAUAGCCGCCAAUCGAGAAUGUUGCAGAAAUUGUUAACGGGCAAAAGAAAGCCUUUUUCCAACAAUUUCAAAUGGGUCGAAUCAUCAACGACUCCAAAAUUUGAAUCCAUUAAUACAAUGCAGAAAAAAACAUCAAAAAUGUCUAUCAGAAGAACUUCCAUGUUAAACAAAAUGUUUAUGCGUCAUAUAACAGAUAUAAUUGCAAGUGGUGAAAUUGGAGAGGAAUUAUGCGGUCUUGGAUUGCAAAUUACGCGGGUUGAAGUGUGUCUAAAUUAUCAAGGAUUGAAUAUACAUUGGACGGCAUCGGAAACCAAUGAUUUGGAUAGAGUGGAACAAAAGUUGGAAUCGAUCAAGAAACGUGUGCGGCAUGAACUACAUCAAAUGCAACUAAUGGGCAAAAUGCCACAUUUAACAUUUGUGCGAGAUAAUAGUUUGUUCUUUUUAGACACGUUGAACAAUGUGAUCGAAAAUGCUGAUUACGGUGAUGAUUUUAAACCAACACUCACCAGAAUACAAGAACAAGAUUUUGAGAAUCAAACAGAGGCGAACAAGGAACUGAAUGAAUCGUCGUUACCAUCGAUGAGAAACGAUGUAUUUGGAAUUGAUCAUGCUUUGUUUAUGGGUCGAGUAAAACAACACAUGGCCCAAUCAAAACAAGCAUGGAAAAGAUACGAAGAAACACAAUUAAACCCAACCACUGCAAAACCAUUUACAUUUAAUACUUCGUUUGAAAGUAUUCGACAAGAGCAAGCCAAUGAAAAACAAACUCAAGAUGUGUUGAAAGAAUUUUUACUAAAACGCAAACUAUUGCGUAAACAAAAGCGAAUGGAAGAAGCUGAAUCAAAUUUAAUGGGAGAAGAUCAACAAGAGGAAGACUAUGAAGAUGAAUACGUUGACUACGAUGUAGAUGACGAUUUUGAGGUCGAAUAUCAUACAUCUUAUGAUGAACAUAACUCUCAUGAGAGAUAAAAGUUACCUUUACAAUUGUUAUUUAUAUUGGCUAAAAAAAUAUA